AUAAUCCCCUUGCGGCCAUCACUCUAUCUAUCUCACACUUUUGCUGCAGCUGCUUAAAGAAAACCCUACCUCAACCCUAAAACGCCAUAUUCCCUUUCUCCUUCCUUCCUACCGCUCAACCUUUCCUCAAUCUCACUCAACUCGAAAUUUGGUGUUAACGAUGUCGGACGACGAGAGAGAGGAGCGAGAGUUGGAUCUCUCCAGCCCGGAGGUCGUCACCAAAUACAAAGGCGCCGCCGAAAUCGUUAAUAAGGCUCUGCAAUUGGUUUUGAAGGAAUGCAAACCUAAAGCCAAGAUUGUUGAUUUAUGUGAAAAAGGGGAUUCUUACAUCAGAGAGCAAACUGGCAAUAUGUACAAGAAUGUUAAGAAGAAGAUUGAAAGGGGUGUUGCUUUUCCAACUUGCGUUUCAGUCAACAAUACCGUUUGCCAUGUCUCCCCUCUUGCUAGUGAAGAGUCUGUUUUGGAAGAUGGUGAUAUAGUGAAGAUUGAUAUGGGGUGUCACAUUGAUGGUUUCAUUGCUGUGGUGGCUCACACUCAUGUUAUUCAGGAGGGGCCUGUUACUGGUAGAGCUGCAGAUGUUAUUGCUGCUGCGAAUACAGCUGCUGAAGUGGCUCUGAGGCUUAUUCGCCCCGGGAAAAAGAAUCAAGACGUGGCUGAAGCAAUUCAAAAGGUUGCUGCUGCCUAUGACUGCAGGAUUGUUGAGGGUGUACUCAGUCACCAAAUGAAGCAAUUUGUAAUUGAUGGAAAUAAAGUUGUGCUGAAUGUCUCCAGCCCUGAAAUGAGAGUUGAUGAUGCAGAAUUUGAAGAGAAUGAGGUUUACUCAGUUGAUAUAGUUACCAGCACUGGGGAAGGAAAACCCAAGCUACUGGAUGAGAAGCAAACAACCAUAUACAAGAGAGCUGUGGACAAGAGCUACAAUUUGAAGAUGAAAACAUCAAGAUUUAUCUUCAGUGAGAUUAGUCAGAAGUUCCCUAUCAUGCCAUUUACUGCAAGGGAUUUGGAAGAGAAGAGGGCUAGGCUAGGAUUGGUAGAAUGUGUUAACCAUGAUCUUCUGCAGCCAUAUCCUGUUCUGCACGAGAAACCUGGUGAUUUGGUGGCUCAUAUUAAGUUCACAGUUCUGUUGAUGCCAAAUGGGUCCGACAGAAUCACAUCACAUCCUCUGCAGGAGCUGAAGCCAACAAAGACAAUUGAUGAUGAUGCUGAAAUUAAAGCAUGGUUAUCCCUUCCUGUCAAGUCAAAGAAGAAAGGUGGUGGAAAGAAAAAGAAAGGUAAAGGUAGCUCAAUCUGGUAGUACUAGUGUGAAACAAGAGUAUCAUGUGCACACUCAUAUGCAAAUGGUCACCAGUUUCCUUUCAAGAUAUUGAAGUAAAAUUAAGUUAAAUUUGUUGAGGAACUUGUUUGUUAGUUUUGGUAAUUUUUAAUUCAGUACUUAAACCUGUGCGAUUUGUGCAACUGUGACCGCAGGUAAGAAAGAAGCAGAAGACGCACCACAAGAGGCUGUGGACGAAGCUGCAAAUGGUGCGCCGUCAACAUGAAGCACCGUUGAUGCUGUUGGUUAUUUUACCUAACCACCACCUUCUCUCUCAAGUUUGAAGUUAUGAAACUCUGUUUUUCUGUGGGAUUGAGCAAAUUAGAUAGGUUGUUUUUCCCCUUGUUUGGGUGAUGUAAUACAAGAUUAUAUAUAAAAGAUAUAUAUCAUCCUCAUCAUUAUGAUGCAUCUCCCUGGUUUACAUUUCCAAUUUUUAAGCAGAUGGUUGUCAAGGAAACAUUAUACGACUUUUGCAUCAUUUUAGACGAGUUCUCUUUUUUCUUACAUGGUGUAGUCUUUUAGCUCAUUUUUGUUGGAGACUUUUUAUCUAUUUUUAUAUUUAUAUGUAAGAUUACUAUAUUCACG